AUGGUUUAUUUCGGUCGCGCGAUGCCUCAAUGCGUCCACCGACACCGCCGCGCGCACCGCUCUGAGCUGUGGCCACCUCGAUAUUGUCUAGUACAUUUGUUUCACUCGCACAUGGCGCAGCUCGUCGCCGCCAGAUGUCACGCGCCUCUCACCGCGCCUCCCAACGCACCGCAAAACGCACCGCCAGUAGCUGUGGCAUACUUCAUAGGUUGUCUACCAUUUGUUUUCGCCGCUCCCGCUUGCCGCGCCUCACGACGCAACGCAAUUCGCACCGCUCUCGGCUGUGGCCAAGGGCGGAUCAUGAAGACGAAAUUGACGCCGGUGACGUACCUAGGAAGCACCGUGAUGGACCGGAGGUUUUCCAACGCCAUGCUGCCGUGGCUGAUAAGGGAAAUAAGAGCUACCAACGUACGAGAUAAGGUCAGCAUAGCCAUCGACGGCGGUCAUUUGAAAGUGUACAAUGGAAACUUUGAGCCAGUUAUAAUACAUAAGCUAUCAGAUAUAAUCAGGGCCAGCCAAGUGCCAGGACGUCCGGAGGAGCUGUUCUACAUACUACUCGAUGAGAAGGAGGUACUGUUGAACUGCUACAUGUUCAGAGCGGCUUCGGUACACGAGGUGAGUGGUUAA